AUGCCUUCCUUACGACACCGCGCAUCUCUAUUGUCUUCUACCUCAAAACGAGCUAUUGCUUUCUUACGAUCGACGGCGAGCUCUCAGAGGCGCAAUGUUGCCAACAGAACCUCAGUCUCGGUAACACCACUGCCACCCCCUCACUCUCUCUUACCCACCGGAAUGCUUCUUCGAUCGUUACUCAUUGCAACUGUCUCGAGUCAUUCAGUCCUUUUAACACCAUCACUUGCCAUUCUUUCCUUCUUUUCCAAACCUCGGCCCGCUCUUUUCAGCGUCGAAAAGAACCCGCUGCUACAUGCAAUCUUCAAGUCAACGCUGUACAAGCACUUUUGCGCCGGGGAGAAUGUGGGAGAAGUCAAGACGACGAUAGAAAAUAUCAAGGAUAUGGGGUUUCGAGGUGUCAUCCUGACUUAUGCCCGCGAGGUUGUGGUUGACUCUUCGACGGAGCAAGAGGUUGGUGUGGGGGCUCUGGAGUACAAGGAGAAGGACGCUACCGAGCUUGAGAAAGAAGUCGCAUUUGACGAAGGCAUUCAGGCAUGGCGAGAUGGUGUGCUGGAGACUGCUUCGAUGCUCGGAGAGGGUGACUUUCUGGCUCUCAAAUUCACUGGCGCUGGGGCUAAAGUCACCGAGGCAUUGACAGCCAAGAAGUCUCUUCCAACUCAGAUGCAAGAUGCCCUUGACGCUGUUUGUGAGCAGGCGAUCAAACGCAAGGCCAGCAUCCUAGUCGACGUCGAACAGCAGUUUGUCCAGCCCGGCAUCGACGACGUUGCGCUGAGCCUCAUGCGCACAUACAAUCGAGACCAUGCAACAGUCUACAACACAUAUCAAGCCUAUCUCAAGUCGACACCCUCAACACUCCUGCGUCACUUGCAUCUCUCCAAGGACCAGGGGUUUACUAUUGGCGUCAAGUUGGUGAGAGGGGCGUACAUGGCAACGGAACCGCGACAUCUCAUCAACGAUACGAAGCAGCAGACGGAUGAUUCGUAUGAUUCCAUCACUCAAGGGCUGCUGGAGGGAAGAUAUCAGGAUCUGGAGCACGGUUCAUCGGCUGGUUUCCCUCGACUCAACUUGUUUCUGGCAACCCACAACAAGCAGAGCGCGCUCAACGCAUACCAAGUGCAGCAAAAGCGCUCUGAAGAGGGACUGCCUUUGAUCAAAGUGCAAUAUGGACAGCUGCUUGGCAUGGCUGACGAGGUUAGCUGCACUUUGCUGCAGCUCGGUGAGAAGGCGGGCCAGACAUCCCCGGAGGUGUACAAGUGCCUGAGCUGGGGAACGCUGGGCGACUGUAUCUCGUACCUUCUUAGAAGGGCUGUAGAGAAUCGGGAUGCCGUUUCGAGGACAAAGGCGGAAUAUUUUGCUGUGAGAAAAGAGGUUUGGAGGCGGUUGAAGAGUGCUCUUACGUUUGGAAUCGCGAAUAGAUAG